UCUCUCAGCAUCCAACCCAAACAGUAUGAUAUUUUUCCAAUCUUAUUACUCUUUCCAUUCACCCAAAUAAUCUCUAUAUUAAAUCACGCAAACUCUCUCCUGCACCUUCUUCUUAUUCAUCUCCUCCCAACCAAACCAAGGCGCAAAUUCUCCUGCACCUUCUACUACUGCUAGCUCAUCGAUCGGAUUAUGAGAUAAUGGGCAUCAUCAAAUACUUGAAUCUCCAAAUGAUACCAUGGUGCUUCCACUUGAUGGGAAGCCCUGUGUCUUGCAUGCAACUCCAGCCUGAGCCAGAGCCAGAGCCACCUGUCCCGACCAUAAAGCUCAUCAAAUCCGAUGGCUUCGUCAAGAUCUUUCACCGUCCAAUCCACGUCUCGCAGAUCAUGGUAGAGUUUCCAAAGCACCUGGUGUGCCGUGCCGAUUCCUUUUACAUUGGCCAGAAGAUUCCGGCUCUUUCCGAGGAUGAGCUGCUUCAGCUGGGCCAAAAGUACUUUCUUCUUCCCAAACAUUUCUUCCAAUCCGUGCUCUCAUUCGUGACCAUAGCCUCCUUCGCCUCCUCUCCACCCGAACAAUCCCCGCUUUCGUUGAUCUCUAAAGAUUCAAGGAAUGCGUUUCUAAAGAAAGCAGCCGUUUGUCAACCUUUUGAUAUAGAGAAAACCCCAUCUGGGUGUCUAAGGAUACGCGUCUCGGAUGAGUUCAUUUCGCAAUUAUUAGAAGAAGCGGAGAUGGGAGAGGAGCAGGAAAAUAAUGAGAGUUCAAGUAAAUCUAAGAGUGUAGUAUGCACAACGCCUCAAUUGCAGAAGGAGUACUCGCAGCUUGUUGGAUCGCAUCAGUGGAAGCCCAAGCUUGAAACGAUAAGAGAGACAGAGAAGACAAAACUCUCUUCAUUUGGGAUGAAGAGAAGGAAGAAAUCUCACUCCAAAGCACCUCAAAAGACGCUCCUAUCCGAACACCACCCUCAUGUAACAACUUGUACCAAGCCUCCUUCAAAAUCCAAGAUCAAGAUUAGAUCAAGAAAAUGAUAUUUAUAGAAAGAGCUGGUUUUUUUUUCUUUUCUUUUCUUUUUUAUAAGUCUUUUUAAGGUUUUUAUAUAGAACCUGAAUAUUCUGUAAACUUGAUUACAAUUGGGUAGAUAUAAAUGCUUUCGAAAUGCA